AGAUGUGUCACAAUUUCUUGAAUAUCGUACCUGUCUGGUUUUCAAAAUUAUCAAUUUUCCAACACACAUCCCCUCAGAAUCUGAAAUCAGCAUCUUUGAUCGAUUUGCCCCUGGAUGUCGCUAACCAAAUUUUGGAGAAAUUGGAGACAUUUGAUUUACUAAGAUGUCGGAAAGUGUGCCGAGGUCUAAAAAACGCUGUUGAUCAAUUUGGAGUUCCUUUUGAAACAAUCACUACAUACUUGUAUGAUGAUAGCUUAACUUUGAUUUUGGACGGAUUUAAAAUUAGUUAUACUUAUGCAGAGAAGAGUCGUACAACUACUCUCGUUUAUAAAGAUCAAAACAAGCAAAUUAAAGGUGCUGAAACAGCAUUCAAGGAUAUGAAAAUAGUAUUGAAGAAAGUAUCAAAAUUAAUCAUAUGUAAUUGGACAAGUGGUGAAAAUAAGACAAUAAUCAAAUCUUUUAUUGAUUUUUUGAAACCAGAAGAAUGUUUUCAUGUGAAAGAGUUAGCAUUUUACAAAUUCUCAAUCGAUGAUAUCACAUAUCUUUUAUCAAAUUUUGAUUCUCAAAAGAUGGAAACAAUUAUAUUGAAUGGAGCUGUUCAAUUGGAUCAGUUUGAACAAAUAACUCUUCUAUAUCAAUGGAAAUGUGCGAAAAACUUUGAAAUUUGGUAUUCCAGACUUGACAGUAAAUUUAUUUUGCAUUUUUCUCAUUUUCAAUGCUUCACUAUCUACAAAAUGUUCAACUUUUCCACAGAAACUGCAGUUGAAAUUCGAGAUAAUCUCAUGAGAAAAAGUGAAUUUCAAAGAUGCCGGAUAUAUUUUAAAAAACUCAAAUUGAAUCCAAUCGAAAUUGCAAAAGUAUUUAAACCGGACUAUACUGGCGGAAACGAGUUCAAAUUGAAAUAUUCAAAUGAUAACACCAAAUUCGUAGUUCAAUACGCGGAAGUUGAUUCCAGAUGUUCUGAAUUUUUUGUAGAAAAAUUCGGAAGAUGCCAACUUUGAAAUGUUUUUGCACUUCUCCACUGAUCCAAGCAAUCAAGCCGUUCCAAUUGAUUAAAUUCUUUAAAGGUACCGAAGAAUAGACUGAACAUCACGGGAAAGUAAGCCGCCAAGUUCGAUACUUCUCACGUGAAUACAUUUCUUAGCUUUCAAGACGUUUAUAAAUGAUGUGAUGAAGAUUUUUAUAUCUGGGACGUAAUUUGCAAAAUAUAAUCUUGAAACAUGCUUCAAUAAUAAUCCCAAAUCAUUGGCGGCAAUGUCCAUGUAGGAUCCUUUUUCAAGUAUCUUUAUUUUUUUAUUGAAAGACACUUUUGCACCACCAGUUGUUGUUUUAGUGUAUUCAAUGCAACUUUCGUUUAGUUUUA